AUGUUGCUCUAUAUUGAGAUUUGGAAACUCUCUUAUGUGUUCUCUACUCUAUUUCACACCCAUUUUGGAUUGGUUAAAGGAAGAUUUUCAAACAAAGAUUUUGAAGAAGGUUUAUCAAAUGUAAAAUCCCAUAAGGAUAUCCAAUAUAGUGAUUCUCCUCUCUUGUCUACAAAUUUUCUGGAAUUUUCACCCAAAGAUGUAACUUCUACUUCAAAUUUCAUUGAUUAUUGCCCUUUCAUUCAAAGUUGGGAAGAUUCCACAAAAACAAGUGAAACAGGAGGACUUUCAACUGAUAAUACUAGAGGAAUACAUGAAGAUAUAGAAAUUUCUAUCCAUCAUCAACAUAAGGAAUCAAAGAUGGAAGGAAAUGAGAUGAAGAUGUACAAUGAAGAAGAGGUGAAGUUGUCAAACCUAUUAAGAGAGUUUGAUUCCGUGAACCAUUUGAAUUUCCUACCACUUCCAGAGUGCAUUUAUAAAGAUAUUGAAGAGCAAUUUCACCCAAAGGACAUAUCAAAAGAUCCUCAAACAAUUGGACCACAACUCAAAAUAACAACACAUAAUGACCAACAUCAAGUACCUUUCACCCCUGAUCAUAUUGUAUCUCAUGUUCCUAACAUGGAGGCAGAUAACUUGAUAUCUGAAAGCAGGCUUGACUUGAGUUAUCUCAGUAAUAGUAUGGGAGAAUUUGUAACAGAGGGUCAUCCAAUGCCAGCCCCGGAAAUCAAUGGUGAGUUGAGAAGGAAACAGGAUGAAACCAAGGUUCCACAAGGCAUUCAAUUUCAACCUCAAUCACUCAAUCAACCAGAAACCCAGAAACCUGUUUAUAAUAUGUGGAAAAAAAGGAAAAACAGAAAUUUGAAAUCUCUCCUUAGAAUUCACAAUGAAUUGGAUAGAUAUCAAGAAGCUCUGGUCUCCAACAACCUAAUCAGUUCCAAGCAAUAUAUUCCAAAUGAGCAGGGCCUUCUGAAGAAAAGGAGGAAGACCAAAAGGAUUCAUUUCUCAAAUGCGUUGGGAUCUGGGAAUGAUUUUAAACACAAUGUUGUUUUCACUGAAAAUAGAGUCUUCAAAGGGGUUGUUCAACAAGUACAUAAUGUGGUACCUGAAGCAAAGAGAACUUAUAAACAGGAAACAGCUCAUGAAGACACAAGUAUAUAUAGAAAUCAGGCCAGAACCUCAUUUGAUCACUUAAUUGAGAAACAUGUUAUUCCAUUUAUGACAGAACUUGAGGAAUUCUUUGAAACAGGGAUGGAUAUGAGCCACAGAAAGUAUAAAUCCCGACCUCAUUUGAUCAAUCGCUUAAGGCUCAUGACACAUGAAUUUCUUUUAUUUCUUGUAAAAGUUAACUUUACCUUUGAUCCUGAGGGAAAAGAGUUAAAUAAUACCUUACUUGAAGGAUACAAAUGGUUAAUCAAUAUCUGGAAAAGUAUUCCAAUUGAAUCAUACAUCUAUAAUCAUGCACCUAACUUUAAUCAACUUCAUGAAGCUUAUAAUUCAACUGCUACAGUUGAAGAAACCUUGAUUUCUAGAGUCAUGGGUCUUAAUUUAUUUGCUCGAAGUCAACACAUGUUCAUGGCUUAUUUAUCACUCAAUUGGAUUCAGAGAUUCAGACCAAAAUGGUUUGAGAUCCUAAACAUAAAAUCCAAAGAUAAAUUGGAAAAAAUAUCAAUACAUAACCCCAACUUCCAUCUAUUCAAAGAUUUUCUGAAGUUGGUAAACAAUGUUGAAAUAAGUGAAUAA